CAUCCCUGGCAAGCCGGCAGGCGGGCUCCCCAGUCAGGCCGCUGCACCUGUCAGGUGAGGGGGAGGAGAGGCUUGGCUGCCAGAUUCAACUGGAAAGGAACCAGUCCCAGUCCAGCCGCAACCUGGGAGUGGGAAGCUGGAGGCAGCCCAGACCUUCCGAAGCCCUGCUGUCCUAGGGCGGAGACGGAAUCAGGACACAGCUCGAGGUCAGGGCCAGAGGCUGGAGGUGAGGAUCUAGAGUGAGAGGGGUCAAGGCAAGGGGGAAGAAGAAGAGAGGCAGGAUCAGAGAGAGCAGCCAGGCCAGGAAGAGGAGAGCUGGGAGAAACCCAAAGAGAAACAGAAGGCAGACAGAGAGGGAGUGAGAGGCAGGAGCUGAGACAGAUCCCAGAGGAAGAAGACCGAAGGAGGAGGGCAGAGACUGCUUCGGAGACAGAAAGGGAGGCGCUAGGACAGAAACCAAAAGGUGGCCCUAUCAGGGAAGUAGAGGGGAGGCGGUUCCGGGAAGCCCAGCCGAGACACUUCUGGCCCCAACUCCUGCAGGUCUGCUGGCUCCAGGAAAGGUGGAAGAGGGAGGGAGGAGUGGGAGAAUGUGGGCACCGGGUGGGACGUGGGCCUGGCCAGGGGCAGCCUCACUCAGGCUCCAGAGGUGAUGGGAGAGGGCACUCAGGGCCCAGAGCUCAACCUUGACCCUGACCCUUGCUCUCCCUAGUCCACCCCGGGGCUCAUGAAGGGGGACAAGCUGGAGGAGCAGGACCCUAAAGCUCCGCAGCCCACGCCAGGGCUCAGGAAGGGGGACAAGCUGAAGGAGCAGGACUCUAGCCCUCCACAGCCCACCCCAAGGCCCAGGAAGGGGGACAAGCAUGAGGAGCAGAGGCUGGGCCCCGAACCGGCGGCGCCCCAGCAGCCCACAGCGGAGGAGGAGGCCCUGAUCGAGUUCCACCGCUCCUACCGAGAGCUCUUCGAGUUCUUCUGCAACAACACCACCAUCCACGGCGCCAUCCGCCUGGUGUGCUCGCAGCACAACCGCAUGAAGACGGCCUUCUGGGCAGUGCUGUGGCUCUGCACCUUCUGCGUGAUGUACUGGCAAUUCGGCCUGCUGUUCGGGGAGUACUUCAGCUACCCCGUGAGCCUCAACAUCAACCUCAACUCCGACAAGCUCGUCUUCCCCGCGGUCACCAUCUGCACCCUCAACCCCUACAGGUAUGCGGAGAUUAAAGAGGAGCUGGAGGAGCUGGACCGCAUCGCCGAGCAGACGCUCUACGACCUGUACAAGUACAACUCCACCGCCCUCGAGGCCCGCUCCCGCGGCCGUCGCGACCUUCGGGGCACUCUGCCGCACCCCCUGCAGCGCCUGAGGGUCCCGCCCCCGCCUGACGGGGCCCGUCGUGCCCGUGGCGCGGCCUCCGGCGUUCAGGACCACAACCCCCAAGUGGACAGGAAGGACUGGAAGAUCGGCUUCCAGCUGUGCAACCAGAACAAAUCAGACUGCUUCUACCAGACGUACUCAUCAGGGGUGGAUGCAGUGAGGGAGUGGUACCACUUCCACUACAUCAACAUCCUGUCAAGGCUGCCAGAGACUCUGCCGUCCCUGGAGGAGGACACGCUGGGCAACUUCAUCUUUGCCUGCCGCUUCAAUCAGGUCUCCUGCAACCAGGCGAAUUACUCUCACUUCCACCACCCGAUGUAUGGAAACUGCUAUACUUUCAAUGGCAAGAACAACUCCAACCUCUGGAUGUCUUCCAUGCCUGGAAUCAACAAUGGUCUGUCCCUGAUGCUGCGCACGGAGCAGAACGACUUCAUUCCCCUGCUGUCCACAGUGACUGGGGCCCGGGUAAUGGUGCACGGGCAGGAUGAACCUGCCUUUAUGGACGAUGGUGGCUUUAACUUGCGGCCUGGCGUGGAGACCUCCAUCAGCAUGAGGAAGGAAACCCUGGACAGACUUGGGGGGGAUUAUGGCGACUGCACCAAGAAUGGCAGUGAUGUCCCUGUCAAGAACCUUUUCCCUUCGAAGUACACGCAGCAGGUGUGUAUUCACUCCUGCUUCCAGGAGAGCAUGAUCAAAGUGUGUGGCUGUGCCUACAUCUUCUAUCCGCGGCCCCAGAACGUGGAGUACUGUGACUACAAGAAGCACAGUUCUUGGGGCUACUGCUACUAUAAGCUCCAGGCUGACUUUUCCUCGGACCACCUGGGCUGUUUCACCAAGUGCCGGAAGCCAUGCAGUGUGACCAGCUACCAGCUCUCUGCUGGUUACUCACGAUGGCCCUCGGUGACAUCCCAGGAAUGGGUCUUCCAGAUGCUAUCCCGGCAGAACAAUUACACCGUCAACAACAAGAGGAAUGGAGUGGCCAAAGUCAACAUCUUCUUCAAGGAGCUGAACUACAAAACCAAUUCUGAGUCUCCCUCUGUCACGAUGGUCACCCUCCUGUCCAACUUGGGCAGCCAGUGGAGCCUGUGGUUCGGCUCCUCGGUGCUGUCUGUGGUGGAGAUGGCUGAGCUCAUCUUUGAUCUGCUGGUCAUCACGUUCCUCAUGCUGCUCCGAAGGUUCCGAAGCCGAUACUGGUCUCCAGGCCGAGGGGGCAGGGGUGCUCAGGAGGUGGCCUCCACCCCGGCAUCCUCCCUCCCCUCCCACUUCUGCCCCCACCCCACGUCUCUGUCCUUGUCCCAGCCGGGCCUUGCUCCCUCCCCAGCCUUGACAGCCCCUCCCCCUGCCUAUGCCACCCUGGGUCCCUGCCCAUCUCCAGGGGGCAUCACAGGGGCCAGCUCCUCUGCCUGUCCUCUGGGGGGGCCCUGAGAGAGGAGAGGUUCCUCCCACCAAGGCAGAUGCUCCCCUGGUGGGAGGGGCUGGCCUUGGAGGACUGAAGGAUGUGCAGGGCUUCCACUCAGAGCAGCCCAAACUGUCUUUGAUGUGUGGAGGGGAAGGAGGUGGGUAAGGGGUUCAGGAAAUUGCUCCAAGAACAGUGGCAUGAAGCUGCCCAGAAAUGCCUUGGCCCUAGCUCCAUGCCCCUUGGAACUGGCUCUGAGCACUCUGGUUUCCCCACUCAACUGCAGACAAGUCUCCUUUUCCCUUGAAUCAGCCAAGCCAAACUUGGAGCUUUGACAAGGAACUUUCCUAAGAAAUGACUGAUGACCAGAGCAAAACACAGCCAAGGGUACACUCGGGCAUGCACUGGUUUCCUGCCCAGCAAUGGCUAAAGCCAGCCCCUGAUUGGCCUGGCCACACUGCUCUCCAGUGACACAGAUGUCUGCUUCUCCUCUUGAACUUGGGUGGGAAACCCCGCCCAAAAGCCCCUUUGUUAUUUCUUAGGCCGUUCUCCUUCCCUGACUCCCCAGGCGAGGGCUGGAGCAGACCCAUGUAGUAAAGGCAGCCCCAGGGCUCCUCUAGCCUCAUAUCCAUGCCCUCACAGAGCCAUGCCCUGGUGUCUCUGCCCUGUGUCUUUCAUAUCUCGAGUCUGCUCAGGAUAUUUCCUCAGCCUGAAAGCUUCAACAACCAUCUGCCAGAGAACUGCUGUGUAUCCCUCAGAACCCUGCCCAGACACCAUUUUUUUGUGAAGGCUUCCGUCCCAUCUUGUCUUUCCCAGAAUUGAUCGCUGCCCCUUCUCCUGGGCUUCUAUAGCAUGCUGUGUCAUCUGCUGGAGUGCUGCUGUUGUGUCAGACUUGUGCAUUUGUGUCUGCCUCCCCAACAGACUAUCAGGGCCUUGUGGUCAGGGACUGAAUCUUGCCCAUUGACAUAUGCUCCACGUCUAGCCCAUCGUCCUGCUUGGAGCAAGUAGGCAGGUGCUCAAUAAAUGUUUGUUGCAUAAAGGAA